AUGGCUAAACAAUUAUCACAUCCUGCCAUUAAAGAUGGUUGGUUUGCAGAAAUUUCCGAAACCAUGUGGCCAGGUCAAGCCAUGUCAUUAAAAGUCGAUAAGAUUUUACACGUUGAAAAAUCAAAAUAUCAAGAUGUAUUGGUUUUUAAAAGUGAAACUUAUGGUAACGUUUUAGUAUUAGAUAAUUGUAUACAAGUUACUGAAAGAGAUGAAUUUUCAUAUCAAGAAAUGAUUACUCAUUUAGCUUUAAAUUCUCAUCCAAAUCCUAAAAAGGCUUUAGUUAUUGGUGGUGGAGAUGGUGGUGUACUUAGAGAAAUUUUAAAACAUGAAUCAAUUGAAGAAGCUUGGUUAUGUGAUAUUGAUGAAACUGUUAUUGAAGUUUCAAAAAAAUAUUUACCAGAAAUGUCAAAAUCUUACCAAAAUCCAAGAACAAAAGUUCAUAUUGGUGAUGGUUUUAAAUUUUUAGAAGAAUAUAAAAAUCAAUUUGAUGUUAUUAUAACUGAUUCAUCAGAUCCAGAAGGUCCAGCAGAAUCAUUAUUUCAAAAACCUUAUUUUGAAUUAUUAAAAAAUGCCCUUACUGAAAAGGGAGUUAUAACAACACAAGCAGAAAAUAUGUGGAUUCAUAUGGAUAUAAUUUCAAAAUUGAAAAAGGAUUGUUCUGAAAUUUUCCCUGUUGUUGAAUAUGCAUACACUAUGAUUCCAACUUAUCCAUCUGGUUCAAUAGGAUUUAUGGUUUGUUCAAAAGAUCCAAAAGCUGAUGUUAAAAAACCAAUUAGAUUUGAUUGGAGUGAUGAAUUUGUUGCUAAAAAUUUGAAAUAUUAUAAUAAAGCUAUUCAUGAAGCUUCUUUUAUUUUACCAAAUUGGGCUGAUCAAAAAUUAAAUAAAUAA